UAUGAUUGGCAAAGAGCAAGUUGAUGUCAUUGAUUAAUAUGCUUCAUCCAUUGUGAAUUACGUGGACAAUUAGCAAAAGAGUAUGUCUAUGUUCUAUAGUCUAAAGUUAUUUAAUUGAAAACUUCGACCAUUUAAAAAUUGAACGAGGUGACUAUUGUGCAUUACUAAAAAAACCUGGACAAAAUCAAUUAAAUCCGAUCGGAAUUCGAAGAAACCAAGAGCAUUUGUAAGUUAUCCAAUCUUCUAUCAAGACUGUAGAAAAUAAACUGGAUGAGAAUAUUCAGAAAAUCAAUUAGAUACAGAAUUCAAUUGAAGGGAUGGAAUCAUCAGUUGAUCAUUUGGAUUCCAUCUUGAAAAGGAUCGAAACCAAAUUGACAGAGUUGGAAAAGUUAAAGCAAUGAUAUCUGAUUG